ACUGUAACGAUGACUCGGGCCGUUAGUGUAGUGUAGCGCAGCGCCGUUGUGUGUGUCGGGUUGCGUUGUCGCGUCAGACGCGUGUGCGUGAUGGAUGCGGUGCGCGCGUGAGGGGGGCGGGAGCGCGUGGACCGCUCGAGCUCCUCUCGUUCGUUUCCUGACGUGAGAAAGACAAAAGGAAAAAAAAAACACGCCAGAAGAGAAACGAAUUCGUGUUCGCGGAACAUCAAGGCCCGCUCGGUUCCGUGAGGCGGCUGUGCGCGGCGCAUGAGCCGCGGGUCGGUGCAGGCGGAGCAGCGGAACGCGGGACUCGAGCCCGGGGAGAUCGGACGGGCCUGUCCGAACAUCUCAAGCUUCCUGUUUCCAGAGAGAGACGGACGCCGUCAUAUUGAGAGGAUCAAAUUAAAGCCCACGGAAAACCUGAAGCUAGGACCAGCCACACUAAAAACUACCUUACUGUAACGGGCGAGGAUUGGAUGAUUGAAGAAAACGACAAAUUUGCUGGACUGAAUAACUAACAUGGGAAAAGACAAAUGUUUGGAUACAGCUGGAAAAUAUUUGUUGGCAAAGAUCUUAAUGAACCAUGGCUUGAGCGUGUGCCGAAAAUCCCUGUUACGCAGGAAAUAUGAAAAAAAAUCAUGAUCUUGAAGUAUUGAUCUUUCUCGAGCUAUUUUCAGUGUCAGUGAAUACAUGUGCCAACUGGAGAAAGAUUUUUUUGUUUGUCUGUUGCAAACCUGUUACUGAACUAUUAUAAUUCUACUGCAUGGCUGCUAUCCACAUCCAUUCGCACAGUUACCAAAUGGCAAGGAGAUGUUUCACACUACAGUAUCAAGACAUUGACAUUCUCUUAAUGAAACUUAACUGAGUUGCUAUUUUGGUGGACUAUUUUUACCUCUUGGCUAACAGACAUUUUGUGAUAACACUAAACCUUCAUUUAUCAUCUUUUUCCAGAGAUCUUUGGAUCUAGUGCCAAACCACGCCGUGGCAUUUGUGACCCCAUUUCUGUGAAUGAAUGUGCAGCUGCUGCGUCUUCACAUUGUCUGUACUGUUUAAAUUGAGCGGCAAAUUGAAUCUCCUGGUUUUCUAAAUCUCAGUUGCGACAUUUGCUGGCGCCUCCUACAUUGCUGCUACAGAUGUGUUUUUAGAUUUCUAAUACUAAGCAUUCCAGUUUGCCGUUUGGGUUCUUUUGAUAGGAAAGGUUGCUAAGAACAGCUUUUGCAAAACUCUAAACACAAAAAAAAAAAAAUGCAGAAUUUUCCCAACAGUCCAGUCCCUCUUCAUCCGGGGUUAGCCGGGGGAGGAAGCGUCGUCGGUUCCCCGUAUCAGUCCCACCCUUCAGACCUUCAGAUAUCUCCCAGAAACUCGGAGGAAUAUGCGGCCAUGCAGCAAGCUCAAGCUAACCUGCAGAGUCACGGGCAGCACCUGCACCUGCGGAGCCAACAGCAUCUUCUACACACUCCUCCUAUACACGGCUACGGGUCCAGAAGGGCAACUGGAGAGAUGUCGCAGGGAAACGCUCAUAGUGGUGGAGGUGGAGCUGGAGGAGGGAAUUCUUACCGUAAGGACAGUGUGGAUUAUUAUUUUUCAGUGAGUGGACGAGAAAGAAGCAGAAGAGGUGGAGCAGCGUAUGGCACGGGUUUUAGAUACGCAAACGUGGAUGGACAUGCACCUCAUCAAUACCAACACUUACCUGGUUCAGGGUCGUCCUCUGGAAUGAUUACCCCCUACUCUUUGGAUUAUGGCUCCAGCAGUGGCUCUGCAGUUGGGGGUAGUAAUAGCAGUGGCGCUGGUUCGUUUUCUCCUUCCCAGCAAUACAGUAUGGCUCAUACUGCUUCAGUACAAUCAGGUGCUCAAAUGCAUCAGCGGCAGCAUGGUCAGAAAUUCCCCGCACAUCAAGGAUUGCAGCAAGGUCAGCAUCAUCGGACAUACCCGCUUUCUGGAAACAGAAUACCCCCUCAGUUUGGACACUUUGCCCCCCUUAGUGCAACCUCAGGCUCUACUGGAAUGUAUAGCUCCCCACCGCAAAGAUACGACGUGAGCAGCAGCAGCAGCACGGACGCCAAAACCAAUAACUCACCUACUCGGUCUAAUCCAAAUACUCAUACAAUUUCAUCUGUGUCAAACAGCUGUGAGAAUAUGGGACAGAACUACUCCUCGUCGGCUCAUCCGCCAUAUUCGCCGCAAUCUCAGUCCCUUCACAAGCAUGCCCCCCAUUCCCAGCGUACUUCUCAGCACAGUACUGGAGCAGGUUAUGAGCCCUCCCUCAAAAUGCAGCACCAAGGACACUUGCACACCAAACUGCCCCAUUCCUCUGUGUCCUCCAGCCCCGCUCUGCCUUCACACCCCUCUCAAGACCUCGCCAAAUCUCCUAUGCACUCUCAAAGUCAACAGGCUCACAUUCAUCAAAACUUCAGUCCCAUAUCUAAUCCCUCUCCUGCUCCGUCUGCCGUACAGUCUCCGAGCUGCAGCUCCUCUUCGUCUCCGCUAAUGGGGAGUUCUGAGGGAAACAGUGCCGCUACUCAUCUGCAGCCUGCAUCACACCCCUCUGUUCCGAACGUUCGCGGCAGCCAAAGCCAUGGACGUCUUCUGCAGGCCGUCCCUCAGCUGAGCCCCACUCCCAAUUCAAACAGCAGCAUCAGUAGUUGCGGUAGCGGCGUAGGAACUAAAACGGCUGUUUUGAACCACAGUGCAGGGAUCGGUCAUGCUGCCAUAAGUCAGAACCGCAUGGGACUGGGUCUUCGGGGUGGUCCAGGGGAGGAUGGCUCCCUGUACCCUCAUGACAAACUCUUGCAGGACCCUGGUCUAAAUAGUCUCAAUGCUCUGACCUCUCAAGUGGAAAAUCUACCUAAUACAGUGCAGCACAUGCUUCUAACAGACACUGUGCUGCCCCAGAAGAAAAGCAGAGACAGUGCACAUCACCUUCAGAUUCUGCAAGGAUCUGGCAACCAAAACAAAUCUGGAAAUUUCAGCACCAGUGGCCAGACCUCAGUCAAUGAAGAGAGUUCUGAGAUGCUGGAAACAACAGGGCAUCCACAAGUAGAGUGCAGGAGAAUUAGGCAGGCAAGUGGAACAAGCAACGAAUCCGAGCCGCAAAGCUACCCGUCGUCACAGAGUCAGAUGGCGUCAGAACCGAGUCAACAAGGAUCGGAUCUCCAGGUCAACACUGGAGUCAUUUCAACAGCUUCAAAACAACCGUCUACUAGAGAGUCUCAAUCAAAGACACCAGAAACCCUGACUCCCUCCUCCUCCUCACCACCUUCAGUUCAUCCUUCUGCAGAACCCAGCCCAAAACAGCCAGCAUAUCCCCCUGCACCACCAUCUCCCAUUCACUCAGCACGUCCAAACUGUGUGGCAGAAAAAGACCUUUGUAAUGAUGAGGGCAGUGGAACGAAGGGACGAAAGAUCAAAACGAUAAAAGAUGAAGACAGCGAAGGUGAAAAUGCAGGUCCUUCCUGUGAAAGAGAAAAUUCAAAGAACAGGCUGUCAGCCCCUCCCACAAAGGAUGAAGCAGAGACAGAUGCACAACAGACUGAAAAUGUGAAUGUUUCAGAGCAGCAUAAUGUUGGGGGUGUUGGAGUUAUUGUCUCAGCUCGAUCUGAAGUGAAUACUGAAUCAAGCAAGCACACGGGAGCCAAAUCUACACGGUAUGGCAUUUCUCAUUACUCAAGCAAACACGGCAAUCCUGAGAACCAACGUGAUGUGAAUGUCUUAAGAGAGACUAGAAAUCACAAUGGAGAAGGGGAGGUGUGCAUGGAAACAUAUGUGUCACAAUAUGAUAUUUCCCCAAAACAAGAAUUUGGCCAAAACUCUCAACCCUCUGUUCAGACCCACCCAGCAUCAUUAAAGUACAGUAAUCCCGAGAUACAUUAUAAUGCUGCAAAGAGCAAAGGAAAGUUAGGACUAGGGAGUAGUAUGGGCACAAAUAGAUGCCAGAAUUAUCAUCAGCUGCAGGCCAGCUAUGGGUCUAUUGGCAGGAAAGAGAUUGGUGUUUUUGCAGUGGAGGCGGGGAGGGGUAUCGUCUCAAGAAGCCAGGAUAGCGGUUCUCAGUUUCAUCAAUCCUUUCCAAGUCUUUUGCAAGAAGUUCUCCAGGGUCAUCACUUAGAUAGACGCUAUGGGCGUCCUGACCAGACAUCUAGUGUUCACCAACAACCUCAAGAUACGUCCCAGCACCGUUAUCAAACUAGACUACCUUACAGUAUGGUUGAAAAUUUGAGUUCACAUGCAAUGAGCUCUCAAACACUUCUGAGUGGACUUAAUGUCAAGUUCAAUCAAAUGGUCUCUGGAAAACCACCAAAUUCAAGUCAAAAUCAGGGACCGGAAAAUGAUGUUGUCUUAGGCCCACCUCAUCCCUCUUGGGAUUCUGAAGCACAUAAGUCCAAUGUGACUCACGGGAUCUCUUUAGAAAAAAGCAAAACCAGUCUGUCUCCCAGCCAGUCCUCCCACAUGCAGCAGUCGUUAGAUCUCACAACAGGAGCCCCUUCGAAGCACAUCAACUUGGCUGACUACACUUUGCAGCACAGAAAACCAUCUAGAUAUGGUACCUCUCCUUCUGCUGUGGAGCAAUUGCUUUUACAGGAAGCUGAGCCAUUGGCAUGCGGUGUGGGUCCUAUCAGUCACACCCCAUCCCAGACAUCCUCAGGAAGGCGCUCCGUAAUCUGUGACGUGUCCCCUUCUCGACGAACAACGCCAGAAAGAGAGAGAGGACACUCUGGGACCUCUGGACCCUCAGUCAUUCAGCAGCCAUUUUCUUCAUCUGGAUCAAAUGAACAAGAAUGUGGCAAGGAAGAAACUAAAGCAAAGAAAGCACAAAACAAGGAGGACUCAUCAAAGACUGAAGCUGCAGGACAGAACACAGAAGGUUACUGCGGCACACCACCCAGUAAGGAAUCCAGUAAGCCCCUUCCUCCCCCUGUAGAUGUUGAUUCCGAUAUAGAAAAGACCAGCAGUGCCAAAGGCAACAGUGAAGCCACCAGCAACCUGCCAUAUCUUUUGCAAAUGUCCUCAAAUCCCUUGUCCUCACCACCAAGGCACCAGUCAUUCUCGCAGGCUGUUGAUGGUUUCAGAGCAUAUGGUUUCAGUGACACCAUGGAUGGACCAAAAAUGAUCUCCCAUCCUACACCUCAUCAAGCAUUCCACACAGUAUCAGCAUAUUCUAAAACCACACCAUCUACUAACAAGUUACAAGUGUUUCCACAGAGUUUACCUCCUCACGAGAGACCCGACUGGACUCCUGACAGACAAAGGCCAAGAGGUAUGGACAGACACGUUCCUCAGAGACUUUCUGAACAGAAGUGUAAAUCCCAGUCCUCAAGUGAUAGUCUGCCUGGUCAGCAUCACGUAUCUCGACAGCACUCUUAUCCCGGUUCACACUUCGACAUGAAAAUUUGGGAUACUUAUCCUGAAAGAGAGGGAGCUGGACAACCCACUGCACCCCCUCAUGAGCAUGUUGGUUCUCAACCAGUCACAAAUGCUGCCCCCAAGCUUGGAGAAGAGGACAUUUCAGAUAAGAGUGCGGAAGACACUGCCAAAUCUUUCCACUCGUUGGCUCCAGUUGGUGCUAUUAGCCCUGCUGGGCACACUGGUAAGACUACCCAAGGGAUUCAGCAGGGGCAGAGAGGAGCCAAAACCGGAACGUCGGCCGAAACCAACCCUUUAAUCAUGAGAAGGAGAGUUAGAUCUUUUAUUUCUCCAAUUCCAGCUAAGCGGCAGCAUCAGGAUGUGCCAGGUCAGCGACCAGGGUCAGCUUAUCACUCCCCGCUAUCUCACUCUGAUUCUAGACUUGCAGCCAACAAUUGUUCUGGCAGUACUGAUACUCAGUCAAAAUUGCCGUCUCCUAAAACACAGCAUUCUAUAUCCAGUGCUAACUCGCCUUCUCAGUCCAAAGCAAAGUUUCUUCCCCCAAGAAAGGGUCAUGGUCUAAAACUUGAGGCGAUUGUGCGGAAAAUUACUCCUGGUGUGAAAAAAAAUGACUUCAACAAUAGUCACGUGGAAUCUGACUUCUCUGAGGUAUCUCAUUACACCUCUGACAUGCCAGACGCCGAAGGUGGUACAUCGUUUUCUAGUGUUCCUCAAGGAGAGGAGGCGUGUUUAUCUUACCUUGAUGACUCUCAUACUUUAGAUGAUCUUAUGCCAUACAGAGCAGUUGAAGAUGCAUUCUCUUGUGAUUCUCAGACUCUCAAACCAGGUGCAACAGCUUCUAGCACUGGUGCCCUCAGAAGUUUGCCGAAAGACUUUGACUUUGGAUUAGGUGCUGGUGGAUCUUCAGGGUCACUGGGUGAAAACGAUAAGGAUGAUUUUACUUUGUUAGGACCCCUUCCACCAGCUCCUCCAUUACCUUGUCCUGUACAGGGAUCCCCUCCUCCAUCUUCUUCUGCGUUGUCUGACAUACAGCAGUUCACAAAUACUUAUCAACAGCUGGAAACCCGACGAGGCGAGCAGUCGGCUGCUAAUCUGCUGAGGCAGAAACUUCAGGAGACUGGCAUGGGCUUUGAUGAUUACCCAGGUGGGGACUACUAUGGGGCCACCACUGGCCAUAGUCAGAGCCCUGGGCACCACCUUCUGUCCAGAGCUCCUCAGCACCAGAUGACUUCUCUCAGGUUGACAAGUUCAGAGCCUAAACCAUCAGAACACGUCGUCCCCAAAGGUUAUUUUCCAUCGGGUAAGAAAAAGGGUCGCCCAGUAGGCAGUGUGAAUAAGCAGAAACGUGCCCAAGCACAAAUUCAGAACGCAGCGACAAACAUACCCGCUGCCUCUCUUCCCUCACCCACAGCCAUACCUCAGUCUGUCCCAAUCCCAAACACUGCAAGCGAAGUGCCCCAAGCAUCAACACCCCCUGACCAGAAACCCUGUCCACCUUUGGUACCUCCUGCUGAAACCCAGGUGGUGAAAGUGGAUGUAGAGAGUGAGGAGACCCAGCCAGAGUUAGAUGUGAAGCCUCCUAGACAUAGACAGAAAAAGGGGAAAGAGGGCAGUGAGACUCCUGGCAAUCAGAGAAGGAGAAGAAGAGGAAUGGUUCCCAAAGAGAAGCUGGACACUCAGGCAAGCAGUAGGGGAAACGUGAGCCUGUGUGGAAUAUUCUCAGAUGCCAGGAAUAAUGUUUUUGCUCCUUACAUACAUGUGGAGAAGAAGAUAGCAGAGAUUGGGGCUAUCUGCACAAUCAUUAAUGCAGAGGAUGAAAAAUCAAAAGGUGGAGGCAAAGCUGGUCACUUGGGGGUUGAUGGCCCGUUAAAUACCCCUCUGUCGUCUCAACUUGUGAGAAAAGAAAAGGAAAAUGAAAGAACAAAAGAAAACUGGGCCUCAGAGCCUGUUGAUUCUGCCUUGCAGUCAGGAAAGACACUUCCUACAUCUGGAUAUGUUCUUCAAGGGCCUGUGAUAUCAGAGACUGGACACACUGGUCGCCUCUUAUGCUGCCUUUGCCAGAAAUGGGCCAAUUACAAACAUCUCGGGGAUCUCUAUGGUCCUUUUUACCCAGCUGAGUAUGCAGCCAAGCUCCCUAAGAAUCCGCCUCAAGUUCGACAAGCCUCGUCCUACCAUGGGGCAGCUACCACAGGUUUCAGUAUGACAUCCAUUCCGACAGAAGCGACUCCCCAGGAUACAAGAUUACAGGACCCUCAGAUUGUCAAGUCAUCUACAGAUAGCGACUGCACAGUAAGUCAGGCGACAAACCCAACAUCCCCAGCCACCACCAUUGGCACAGUCUCUCCCAGCAUGGGUGAAGAAAUGCCCUUCCAGACUGCUAAGGCGAGCAGCUCUACAUCAAAGGUAACUUCUCACUCCUGGGAUCCGGCUGCAGAACUGACGAGCGGGCUGGGUACAGUUCAAGAACUGGACGGUGAAGUCGUACUGCAGCAGUUGCACGUCGAAAAUACCCAGCAAAGGCCCCAGCACAGAAAACUGACGUCCCAUCCGCGCUUCAAAAGAAGACAUAAGUCCAGUGAAGAUUUACCUCGAACUGUCCCUAUCAACAGCAAAGCCUCCCUGCCCUUCCAGCCUCCCCCGCCCAGCCAAGACUCUCUGGGCCCUAUGGCCCAAAUGGCCCAGCUCCCACUUGUGCCUCUGGACCCCGAGGAGCUGUGGGUGCAUGAGGGCUGCAUUGUUUGGACCAGUGGCAUUUACCUGGUCAAUGGGAGACUGUAUGGCCUUCAGGAGGCACUAGAUGGUGCUAGAGAUACAAGCUGCUCUCAUUGUGAGAUGGUGGGCUCCACACUUGGCUGCUACAGUAAAGGCUGCACGCUGAGGUACCACUACCUUUGUGCCAUAGAAGCAGAUUGCUCUCUAAAUGAAGACAACUUUUCUCUGAGGUGUCCAAAGCACAAGAGCAACCGAAUUGCCAAGCCUGGAGCGGCGUACCUGGAGCAGUCGGAGAGAGGAUGAACGUACGCUCGACAAAUCCCGCACAGAUCAGACAGAGAUCGCGACUGACUGUGCGAGAUUCAGCCCGAGCGGGACGCCGUCGCGCUUCCGGAUGGAGUUUCCACGGUAACCGACGGAUACGUUUUGGAAUGUAAAGUUCAAAGACUUUCUCUAAAGAACACUAAUAACUCAGACGAGCGCUCAGACAGAGGUUUUUCAUUUAUCACCUGUUCUGUGGGAAAAACGCGCCAUCGCCGCAAACGGAGGAAAGGAUCGGAGCGGGAGACCUUCCUCUGAGAAGAAGAAACGCUAACUGCCUUUCAAAACACGGAUUCGGUUCGCAGAGAUUUUGCAGUGUUUGACUUUUGAGUCCACCGUUGUCAUCUUUUAUCUUCGUUAGUUCAUUCUAGUAAAAACUGUGUCGUGGAGCUCCGCACUGGGAACAAGAGAACUGAAUGAGAGAAGGGGACCACGUGGAAAGAGAGAGAGAGAGAGAGAGGAGGCAGUGUAUUUACACCAGUUAUAUGUAGUAUUUUAUCAUAACUCAUAUAUCGUUAUUUUAAACAUCACUAUUGUUUUAAUCAGUAUUUUACCCUUAGAUUGAGACAGAAUUCUGAGCGUUUGAUGGACUGUCCGUAUCGCUAAUCUGACGGAGGAGGACCAGCCCUAAUGACAUCACUGAACACACUCGAUGACAUCAUCAUCAUCAUCAUCAUCAUCACGUGGAAUGGAAGUGCAGUUGCCACAGAGACAUUGUUGUCACGGAGACGCACAUAUAUUGCCUUCGAAGGUGUGCCUGCCUGCGUGUGUGUGUGUGUGUGUGUGAAUGAGGUUUUGCCGUGCGUUUGCUCGUUUGUGUCUGUUUUUGCUCCUUUGAUAAGUGUUCUUAUUUUCCACCUCCGAGGGUUUCGUGCUGUAGUUGCGGGAAAGGAGAAGCAAAUGGACACGUGUUAUUUUUUUGCAGGAAAAAAGCGUACAGAUGGACCGCGUCAGGAGCUGCGCUCGGUCUCAACCAGACUCCUGGUUUUUGUGGGAUUUACCGUACGGGACGCGGUGAAACUCAGAACGCUUGCGAAGGGGUCGAUCUGUCCUUCUCUCGACGGGUGACAGAGACAAACAUUCCGGCACCGUUUCGAGGAAAAAGCAGGCAUGAGUGCAAAACUCCAUCAACAGGAACAAUCGCUGUCAUUUUUUAAAAAAGUCUUUUAAAAAUAAAAAACGCAAAGAAAAGAAUCACCAUAUGAAAACAUGUACUAGAAAACUGUCAAUAUGCUUCUGACUCAUGAAUACAGUUAUACAAUGGAGAAUC